UCUUCGUUAGUUGGAGGAGCUUCUUCCGUUAGUUCGGCGACUGCGUCUCUUCAUUGGGCAGCGGGAGCGGCGCGGCUGUCGGAGAAGCGGCGUAAUACUUAGGCAUUGGGUGAAAGAAAAUGGCCCGAACCAAGCAGACUCCUUGUAAGUCCACGGGUGGCAAAGCGCCCCGCAAACAGCUGGCCACUAAAGCGGCCAGGAAAAGCGCCCCCUCUACCGGCGGGGUGAAAAAACCUCAUCGCUACAGACCCGGGACCGUUGCGCUUCGAGAAAUCCGUCGUUACCAGAAAUCCACCGAGCUUCUGAUCGGGAAGCUGCCUUUCCAGAGGUUGGUGAGGGAGAUCGCCCAGGAUUUCAACACCGACUUGAGGUUCCAGAGUGCCGCCAUUGGUUUGCUUCAGGAGGCUAGUGAAGCGUACCUGGUGGGUUUAUUUGAAGAUACUAAUCUGUGUGCCAUCCACGCUAAGAAAGUCACCAUCACGCCCAAAGACAUCCAGUUGGCUCGCCGGAUACGGGGAGAGAGAGCUUAAGUGAAGGCAGUUUUUAUGGUGUUUUGUAGUAAAUUCUGU